AUGAUCGGUGAUCCACCUCUUCAAAAUCGUAGGUUGCGGUGUUUCUACCACAAGGAUUACGAACAUCUUAUGAAAGAUUGCAAGGCAUUGAAACAGUUUCUAGAAGAAUUGGCACAAAACGGGCACCUACGAUCUUAUAUCGAUUCCUUCUCUGAUCAGAAAAGGAAAGGAAGGGACACAGGUGGUGACGCACAACCAACGGCGACUAUCAACAUGAUAUAUUCAGUUCCUGCAAAAAUGCAGGCAAGCCAAAAAAAGGAAGAAAUAAGAAUGUCAGUACCUCACAAGGAAGUAAUGGCUUUAUUAGGAGCCUUCACUAAAAAAAUGUGUUCUUCCAAAUUGAGGAUCGCAUUCUCUGACAAAGACCUGACAUGGGUUCAUCAUCCCCACAAUGAUGUUCUAGUGAUAACCCUGUAG